AUGACAUACUCGGCGCAGGAGAAGAUCAUGGCGUUGUUCGAGGCCAUAUAGCUGAAGCCGUGCAAGGAGUCGAAGAAGAGGGCGUACAUCACCGGAUCGGGGUUGGGCGCGGCGCUCUUCGCCACCUACUGCACGUGGGUGGUGGACUUCUGGUGGGGAGGCCAGCUCGUCAAGCGGGAGGACCUGAGCUUCGGCGACUUGUUCGGGUGCUUCUUCAUCCUCGUGGCCUCGGGGCGAAUGAUCGCCGAGGCCGGCAGCAUGACCUUGGACCUGACCAAGGGUGCCAAUUCCAUCGUCAUUGUCUCCAACAUUCUCGACAGGAGAACCAAAAUCGACCCUUACGAUGGCGCUGGCGUCAAGCUCAACAAGAUCGACGGCAAUGUCGAGCUCAAGGGCGUCGACUCGUCCGUACGUUUUGGUCUUCCGCUACUUUGA